UUAUUCUAAAAAAAAAGAUCCAGGAAGUAGCGUAACAAACGAGAUGUGUGUGAAGUUUACGAUAUAUGGUGUGAACUGUGUCGUCUCAUGACGUUGACGGAAUACUCAAAUGCAAAUUACUUUAACAUCAGUGUUUAACAUAAAGGACAUGUACGAUACCGUCGCCUUUCAUGCUCAGCUUGCCUCCAUUAUCGAGGUUUUGGCAAAUGCAGCCGUUGCAGAAAUCUGCAAACUUGUAGGUGACGGCCAUGCUGCCUUACGUUUGGAAAUUUCCCAUAGCCAGAAAGAAAUCGAUAACCUGCGGAGGAAGCUGCUUUUGACAAAAUUCCAGAAUUCUCGACGAAGCGCAGAAAGAUUUGGACCCCUGCGACGUACAGUUCACAGGCGCGUUGACAGCGGUCAUAUUGUUCGGGGAAGAGGGAGCUUCGUAGGAAAGUCAACAGUGGAAAAUCGUCUUGACGACAGUGAUGGAGGCAACUUUAUGCAGGAUGUCACCAACUGGAGAGACGCAGGACUCACAGGGACAGACCAGGAUGGGGGCAUGCAGACGGCAGAAAUGCAAGAGGCACCUCUUAUCAAAAUGGAGAACUUUCACACCAGCAGAACAGAAGAGAUUGUCCAACCAGUCAGUGAGAGCAGUGAGAAGAUCAUUGUGGCAGAACCAGGUUCUUCAUCAUCUACUGAACCCACAGACCUUCUGGACCAGCAGGGCAACAGACACAGAGCUCCAGACACCUCACUCAAUAUAGAACCUGACAACCAGACGUUCCAGCAUCCAGCGUCACAAUACAACAGAACAAGACAGGACCAUCAGGUUGCUGAGGGUGUGACCUGGGAAACUGACCAUCAACCCAUAGAAUACAGCCUGUCCCAAUGGACAGAGAACCAAGAGACUGACAACCCAACUGUGAAUGCUCCUCACAAUUUAGGGCCAGACUCCAAAAGGCUGUCUGAAGAUCCAGAGAGGAGAGGGGUGCCUGGUAACUCUGGGGUCUACAUGUCUGAUGUGGUGAUGGUGGACUCAGUUCCCAUUAAAGUGGAGGCAGAUAUGAGUUCAGAAUGGAGCAUAACUGGCCAAGAAUUGACAUCUGGAGAGGUUUGUCCAGAUGGCAGACAGCUUGUGGACAACAGAGGAAGAGGGGGAAUGGAGUCUGGACAGACAAAGUCUCUCCGUGACGCUCAAAACACAGAGCAAGCGACAACUGUAGGAUCAAGGUCCAAGAUGCCGGAUUUCAAUGGACUGUCCACCAAAAACAGCUUUUCAUCCCCAAGGAUUACUCUCCACCAGGUUCCUCAAAGAAGGAAGCCAGCACCCUUCCUGAAUUUCAGAGGCUCCACUUCUUCAUUGAAAGUCAUAGAAAAGCAGCCACAACAGCUGACGUCUCACUCCACCCAGAGGCAGCUCCGGUGCAGCCUCUGCGGAAAGCUUUUCCACAAGCCGGCGAACCUGCGGAGUCACAUGCGGGUCCAUACGGGUGAGAAACCGUACGGCUGCAGCCACUGCACCAAGCGCUUCUCCCACAGCCACCAGCUGAAGAUGCAUGAGAGGGUCCACACCGGAGAGAAACCGUUUCAAUGUGUCUACUGUGGGAAGUGCUUCACCCAGUCUGGCCACAUGAAGAAGCAUCUCCUUGUCCACACUGGUGGCAGGCCACAGGAUGUUGGGCUGCCCUAAGGGGAGUUUUUCUACACCACGUGACCAGACCAGGGAAAAACUGGUCUUCCCCCAUAGUUCAUCUUCCACCCUAGUUGUAAGGGGAAUGGCUCCACACUACUGGGGUUUUCAUAUGAACACUGGGUCCAUGUGUUUUUAACAGUUUGCAUAGAUACCACAUUGAACGCUUCCCUCUGUGUGUAGUGGUUGUGUUUUCAGUUCAGCUGGCUUGAUACUUGGUCCAGAGUGAACUGAUAAUGUAUAUUAUUAAAGGUGAAGAUUUUAAACAUCACAUUUGAGUCAGUUAGCAGACACUCUUAUACAUAGCAACUUACAAGUGCAAUAAGAGUUAAGUACAUUGCUCAAGGCACAUCAACAGAUUUUUCAGCUUGGUUUGCUUCGCAAUUCGAACCUGUGACUUUUCGGUUACUGACUCAAAGCUCUUAACUGCUAGGCUACCUACUGCUAGGCUACAUCCUUAUGAAUUUGUUACCAAUCGUAUUCAUAUCAAACAGCAGUUACGAGUUCAGGAAGCACUGGACAGGUGCCUAGGCGAGCGAGGUCUGUUGGUGGUCGAGAGCUCGUUUUUGUUUUUACUUGGACGAACAGAGCCGGGGAGGAGGAGGAAGGCGCAGGGUUCCCAGAUACCAGAACACUCCUGGGUCUGGAAAAGGACCUGGCGACCCAGCAGUUGCAAGGAGAGAGAGUGCUGACUGGAAUGAAUCCCCACAGUUAUCAUGGUCUGGGGAAACUUCAUCUCCUGGAGCUUCUGGAGUCACUGGUGUGGAUCCUCUGGAAUGUGUUGCGUGUGGACAGGAAGACAGGCUGCUGGAACCUAUCUCUGGUCUGCAGAACCUGACUACACACCAUCUUGACAAAUAAAAACAAUCAGGACAUACUCCACAGGGAAGGUUUGUAACCACGAUGACAUACAGUGCCUUCGGAAGGUAUUCAGACCCCUAUAGACUUUUUCUACAUUUUGUUAGGUUACAACCUUAUUCUAAAAUGGAUUAAAUAUAAAAAUGUCCUCAGCAAUCUACACACAAUACCUCAUAACAAAGCAAAAAACAGGUUUUUACAAAUGUUUGCUAAUUUAAUCAAAAUAAAUAAGUAUUCAGACCCUUUGCUAUGAGACUCGAAAUUGAGCUCAGGUCCAUCUUAUUUCCAUUGAUCAUCCUUGAUGUUUCUACUACUUGAUUGGAGUUCACCUGUGGUAAAUUCAAUUGAUUGGACAUGAUUUGUAAAGGCACACACCUGUCUAUUUAAAGGCCCCACAGUUGACAGUGCAUGUCAGAGCAAAAACCAAGCCAUGAGGUUGAAGGAAUUGUCCGUAGAUCUCAGAGACAGGAUUGUGUCGAGGCACAGACCUGGGGAAGGGUACCAGAACAUUUCUGCAGCAUUGAAGGUCCCCAAGAAUACAGUGGCCUCGACCAUUCUUAAAUGGAAGAAGUUUGGAACUACCAAGACUCUCCCUAGAGCAGGCGCCCAGCCAAACCAAAUUGCCAGGUCGCAAUUGUAAAUGAGAACUUGUUCUCAACUUGCCUACCUGGUUAAAUAAAGGUGAAAUAAAUCAAUAAAUAAAAUUAACAAAACUGAGCAAUCGGGGGAGAAGGGCCUUGGCCAGGGAGGUGACCAAAAACCCAAUGGUCACUCAGACAGAGCUCUACAGUUCCUCUGUGGAGAUGGAAGAACCUCUCAGAAGGACAACAAUCUCUGCAGCAAUCGAACAUCUCUGAAGAGACCUGAAAAUGUGUGAGUAGCCAUGCUCCUCAUCCAACCUGACAGAGCUUGAGAGGAUUUGCAGAGAAGAAUGGGAGAAACUCCCCAAAUACAGGUGUGCCAAGCUUCUAACGUCAUACCCAAGAAGACUCGAGGAUGUAAUCGCUGGUGAAGGUAUUUCAUUUAUUCAGAAUUUCAUGAACCAUAUGUUUCCGCAAAUAUCAUUAUAUGUCAAAACUGCACGCAGACACCUCGGUCUGUGUCCCAUAGACCUAAGAUUCUUUACUUGUGCGUUCAUAUUCCAUGUCUUCCAUUCUGGUUUGUGUCUGACAAUCUGUUCUGUUCUGUGGUUCUUUUCCAGAGAUCAGAUCCUGAACCCCAGUCGUUACUGAAAGGAGGAGAAGCCAGUACAUUGUGGUUACAGGUUACUGGGAAUGACGACAUGAACCAUUAUAUGCUCACCACAUGCUUGCUGCGCUACCUACACCCAUAUUACCAAUGUUGUUAUUAUUACACAUUUUUAUUUUUAUUUACAAUGUUGUAAUUUAUUGUAAAAACAAAAGAAUGUUUAGCUAUUACUCAGGACAAUAAGAAAUCCCAUUAGCUAUUUAGUCAUUCUAUAUCCAGAUAUUUAAAUAUUUCUACUGUUACAUUGGUCAGCGUUAGAAUGCAUUCUCAGUGUGGUGCUUCGGUUAGUUUUGAGACUACUAACCCGUAGCCUACUAUUCAAUUGAUUUACUUUAAAUUGAAGGAAUGUAUUUAUUCCCUUUAAAUUCAGGUUGUAUACUGAUUCUGUAUUUUUCUACUUGAACCAAAUAGUAAAAUAAUCAUAUUUGGAGGACAAA